CUCCACUUCUCUCUAUCUCUCUCUCUGUCUCUUCAACUGCUCAUUUUAUUGAGCCUUUCAAUGAGUCAUUUGGUGGGACAAAAAAAAAACUCGAUCUUUUUUAUUGGGUUUGAAAUCGUUCCUCGAUACUGGUUAAGCUAAUUGCUAGAUUUGGGGUUUAUAUCUUUAGGGAUAUCGAUCAAUCAAUCAGUUCGAUUGAAUUUAUUAGAAAUCUUGGAUCUUUCGAUCGAAAACUAUACUUACGAUUGUUUAUUCUUAGGUUCACGAGUUUCUAUCAAAGACUUUGAGCUAAACUUCCUUAACUCGGAAUAAUCAUGGGCUUCUGGACGCUGAUGGAAGGAUUGUUGCUAUUUGCAAAUGCAUUGGCUAUCCUCAACGAAGACCGUUUUCUAGCUCCCAAAGGAUGGACACUUGCAGAGCUCCACCAAACUGGGAAAAGAAACUCUCUCAAAGGCCAAAUCAUCGGUCUCAUCCACGCCUGCCAUUACAUGAGGCUUCCUCUCAUGCUCUUUAACUUAAUUGUCAUUGUCUUUAAGCUUUUCUCCGGUUAAUAUGAUCAAAACCCACUUUUUGAAUAAAUUUUUCAAUCCACAACAUUUCUGCAAGUUCUUCUUGUCCCUUGCUAAAGAUUAAGCAGUUUCUUGUUUGAUU